GUGGUCUUUGAGACUACGCAGCAGGCAUCCAUCUUCAGCCCUGCGCGCUCACCUAUUUCUCCCGCUUCUCACCGACGCUUCGACACCGCGCAGUGACCUCUAGCAUCAUGGCUAUAGGGCCCCUGCGAUACCUUCUUUUUGCCGUUACGGGGCUGGCCCUCUUCUUCCUGAUCUCCAGGAGCUCGAUCCCCAUCCCCGAGAACAUCGGCACGAAACUCAACCCCGCGACCUACAAAGACUCCUCGACCUCCUCUUCUUCCUCGCAGCACGAUGCGCUAUCGUCAAGUGGGCCGAACAAAUACAUCUCGACGGAUCGCGUGAAUGCCACCUUUGUCACCUUGGCUCGCAACAGUGAUGUCUGGGAAAUGGCCAAGUCCAUCCGGACGGUGGAGGACCGCUUCAACCACAACUACCACUACGACUGGGUGUUCCUGAACGACAAGCCGUUUGAUGAUGAAUUCAAGAAGGUCACGUCGGCCCUGGUGUCGGGCAAUACUUACUAUGGAGUCAUCCCCAAGGAGCAUUGGUCUUACCCCGAGUGGAUCGACCAGGACAAGGCAAAGAAGGUGCGACAGGAAAUGGGAGAGAAGAAGAUUAUCUACGGCGACUCAGAGAGCUACCGUCACAUGUGCCGCUAUGAGUCCGGCUUUUUCUUCCGUCAUCCGUUGAUGAUGAACUAUGAGUACUACUGGCGCGUGGAGCCCAGCAUCGAGCUCUUCUGUGAUGUCAGCUUCGACCCGUUCCGCUACGUGAAGGAGAACGACAAGAAGUACAGCUUUGUCCUGAGUUUGUAUGAAUACUACGACACCAUCCCGAGUCUGUGGGGUACCGUGCAGAAGUUCAUGGAAGAACACCCCGAGCAUAUCGCCAGCGGCAACUCGAUGAGUUUCCUGAGUGAUGACGGUGGAAAGACCUACAACAAGUGCCACUUUUGGUCGAACUUCGAGAUCGGAAGUCUGGAGUGGCUGCGGUCCAAGGAGUACAUUGACUACUUUGAGACGCUCGACCACGCCGGCGGCUUCUUCUACGAGCGGUGGGGCGAUGCGCCGGUGCACUCCAUUGCGGCGGGACUGCUUCUGAAGAAGGAGGAGAUCCACUUCUUCAACGAGAUUGGGUACUACCAUGUCCCCUUCACUCACUGCCCGACUGGCGAGCAGCUGAGGCUGGAUCUGAAAUGCCACUGCAACCCCAACGACAACUUUGACUGGAAGGGUUACUCUUGCACGUCCCGGUUCUUCCAAACCAAUGACAUGGAUAAGCCCAAGGGAUAUGAGAACGAGAGCUGAGGCUUUAGUGAAAUAUUGCAACUUCAUCGUGUUGAGCAGGACGGGCCGAGCAUGUCGGCAGCUAGACAUAUUGACCAAGUACAGUCGAUUGGAUACUGGCGUGGAGAAUGUCCACUAACGAAGAUCAAAAGAUCCGUGACUUUUCUUGACAUGUCCAUGGACGCUGAUGCUGGCAUGCUUACAAUAUUCGGGUUAUAUCCAUUUCUUGAUUUGCGG